AUGACCUCGCGGUCGGGCCGCGACCUGCAGCGCUACGAUGGCCGCGCGCGCCUUGUCGUCUGCGCCGUCCCGCUCUCGGCCGACGGCGCGCGCGUCCUCCUCAUCUCAAGCUCCAAACAUGCCGACCAGUGGAUCCUGCCCAAGGGCGGCUGGGACGCGGACGAGUCCGCUGAGGCGUGUGCAGCGCGUGAACUCGCCGAAGAGGCUGGGGUGCACGGCGACAUCCUCGGCGAGCUCGGCGCCGUCGACUACGAGACGGCGAAAGGUAAGCCCUGCCGCCUGCACGGCUUUGGCAUGCGCGUCACGCGCGAGUUUGAUGCGUGGUCAGAAGCUGCUAGCCGACGGCGGGAAUGGGUGUCCUUGGCGACGGCGAAAGCACGGUUGGUUCGGCGGCCCGAGCUCGCAACUAUGCUCGAGCGAGCGAUUGCACUCGCAUGGGCGCUAGAGCAUUAAGUCAAAGAACAUCUAUAUAGUACACCUGUAUUACAUGCAA